CAGCAUUGAUCAACCUGGAAAAGAAAAAUAAAAAUGAAUGACGCUGAUGUUUCCAGGCAGAUUCAGCAGAUGGUGCGGUUCAUCCGCCAGGAAGCGGAGGAGAAGGCUAAUGAGAUCUCUGUCUCCGCUGAGGAGGAAUUUAACAUAGAGAAAUUGCAACUGGUAGAAGCUGAGAAGAAAAAGAUCAAACAGGAUUAUGAACGAAAGACAAAGCAAGUCGAUGUGCGAAGGAAAAUUGAAUAUUCAACUCAAUUGAAUGCCGCUCGAAUAAAAGUUCUCCAGGUGCAGGAUGAUUUGGUGAAAGCCAUGAAAGAAUCUGCUUCUAAGGAGCUUGCCCGUCUUUUCAAUGACAAGAAGGCUUACCGAAAGCUUCUAAAAAGCUUGAUUAUUCAGAGUAUGAUCAGUCUAAGGGAGCCGGCGAUAAUGCUGAGGUGCAGAGAGAUAGACUUAAAAGUGGUUGAGGCACUUAUGGAAGAAGUGAAAAAAGAAUACACUGAUAAGGCCAAAGUAGCAGUUCCCACUAUCACUAUUGACACUAAAGUGCACCUCCCACCACCACCAAGCAGUGAAGAUUCACAUGCUCCUUCUUGUUCUGGUGGGGUAGUUGUGGCUUCGCAAGAUGGGAAGAUAGUGUGUGAGAAUACUUUAGAUCACAGAUUGGAAAUUGCUUUUCAAAAAAAACUGCCUGAGAUCAGGAAGCGCCUUCUGGGAAAAGUGGGUGCAUGACUGCUGGUCUUUAGAUCCAAAGAUUCCUUCUUCAAGAAGCAAUGCGUCUCUUUUUAUCAGUUUUUGUAGCUCUGUAGGGGCUUAAUCCUGUGAUUUGAUUUCCAAUAGUCUAUGAAAUAAAGCAGACUUUGGUUUCUUUC